AUGGCCGGCAGGGGAGUCAGGAGCCUCACCGAGGCCAUGAGAGGCCUGGUGGUCUCAUCGCAGGCUUGCAGAGCGACGAGGCCAACAUCUUUCCUCGGCUCAUCCAACUUUACGAGAUCAAUGGCCAGCGAGGCGCCAUUGCCCAACAUCACGACGUCGGCGAUCUCAAAGCCCAGCGAUACUUGGGCACCAACCACCUCCGUCCCGGUCACGAUCCACGCCUUCCCGGACCUCGAGCCCCUCACCCUCGACGUCUACUCGCCGAAGCACCUUUUCCUCCCCCUCCGCCGCGAUCUCCUCCAUCUCGCCGUCGUCUACGAGGGCGACAAGACCCGCCAGGGUACGGCCAGCACCAAGACGCGCUGGGAGGUCCGCGGUUCGCAUCGCAAGGUGCGCCCCCAGAAGGGCUCCGGCAAGGCCCGUGUCGGCACCAGGCAGUCUCCCAUCCGCGUCGGCGGAGGUGUCGCCCACGGCCCGAAGCCGCGCGACUUCAGCACCCGCCUCAACCGCAAGGUCUACGACGUCGCGUGGCGCACCGCCCUGAGCUACCGCUACCGCCGCGGCGAGCUCAUCGUCUGCGAGAACGGCAUGGACCUGAAGAUGCCGUGGGACUUCACCUCGUUGGUCGAGGCCCGGUGCAUGCCGCCCAAGCUGGACGAGGAGUACAGCCGCAAAUGGAUCUUGCAGCUCCUGGAGGCCAAGCAGUGGGGCAAGGAGCACGGCCGGACGUUGUUUGUCACCUCUGGAGAGAAGCCGUGGCUCUCCAGGACCAUGUUGGCGGCGGGUGACCACGGAAGGUGUCUUGAUGUCAAGGACGUGGAUGUGAAGGACCUGUUGGAGGAGGGACGUGUGGUGAUUGAGAGGGAGGCGCUGAAGGAGAUCAUCGAGGCGCACCAGAGCGACUUGGUCAGCAAGAUCUUCAUCAACGGUAUCACAAGGUCAGGCCCGGAAAUUAUUCAGUACUAA